AUGGAUGCGGGAGGACUUCCAGUGUUUCCGGGUGCCAAUCAGGCCAAUCACCUGAACAGUCUUCACCUGCAGCAGCAGCAACAGCAAGCCCAGCAGCAGCACCAUCAGCUGACGCUGCAGCAACAGCAGCAAAUUCAACUGCUCAACAACCACAGCCUACACCAGCAACAGCAGCACCCGCAGCAGCAACAACAGCAGCUACUGCAGCAGCAGCAGCAUCAACUCCAGCAGCAACAGAAUCAGCUGCAGCAACAAUCACUACAGCAGCAACAGCAACAGCUUCCACCCGGCGUGGAGGUCCCGCAGAAGCGUCAGGCCGUGUUCGACAGGCUGAAGCGGCGCAUCGAAACGUACCGACGGCGGCAAACGGACUGCACGCCACGGUUCGAGCAAACGUACAGCGGGAUCUGCGAGCAGCAGAGCCUGGAAACGAGCGCCCUGCAGAAGAAGUAUCUCGAGCAGAAGAACAAGCGGUCGCUGAAGAAAACGGAAAAGAAGCAAGCCGAGCAGCAGCAGCAGCUGCAGCAGCAACAGACCCUCUCCGGCAACCUGCAGAGCAGUGUGCAUGUGCAACAAAAAUUCCUCAAGCGACCCGCCGACGACAUCGACUCCGCCUCCGAUUCGUAUGAGCCACCGGUGAAGCUGCAGCACAACGGGUCCGAGAAUCUCACCAAAUUCUCCGUCGAGAUCGUACAGCAGCUGGAGUUUACGACGUCGGCCGCCAACUCGCAACCGCAGCAGAUCAGCACGAACGUCACGGUCAAGGCCCUGACCAAUGCGUCCGUCAAGAGCGAGGGAUCAACCGGAGGCCCGGGCGGUAUCGGAGGAACCGGAGGCGGUGGCGGUAAUGGUAUGCCGGGUCAGCAGCAACAGCAGCAGCAGCAGCAGCAACAACAACCGAACAGCAAUCCAACGCCCUCCCCGCACAUGCACGACCUCGGCAACAUUGUCGAUUUCAAGCAGGAGCCGGAGAAUGAGUUCGCCGACCUGUCGGCCGCUCUGGAGAAGGAUGCGGCGGCCAACGGGCACUUCCCGGGCCUGUCCGACUUCAUCGGGGACGAUACGAACGAUGAAAACGACACAUUCAAGGAUCUCAUCUCGGAUCUCUCCGACUUUCAUUCCGAUUUUCUCGACUUUGAGGAGAAACCGCAGCCGCCAAUGCAACAGCAGCAGCAGCAGCAGCAGCAGCCACAAGCGCAACAACAACAGCAACAGCCAUCACAGCAACAUGCGCAGAUGCAACAUCAGCAGCAGCACCAGCAGCAACAGCAGCACCAGCAGCACCAGCAGCACCAGCAGCACCAGCAGCAUCAGCAGCAUCAGCAUCAACAGCAUCAACAGCAUAUGCAGCCUCAGCAGCAAGCCCAGCAGCAGCAGCAUCAGCAUCAUAUGCAACAACAACCACCCCACCAUCCACUGCAGCAUCAGCAGAUGCACCAUCAGCAGCACUCGCAGCAGCAACAUGCGCAGCAAGCGCAACAGCAACAUCCGUCGCACCCGGGGCCCGGCUCUCAAAUACCACCGAACAUGCAGCAACACCAUCGACCCCUAUCGCAGCAGCAACAGCUUCAGCAACACCUGCAACAACAGUUGCAACAGCACCAACAGAUCGAAGUGAAGCAGGAGAACUGCAUCAAACAGGAGCAUCCGAGCCCGGGGCUACUGGACAAUAUGGGCAUCAAGCGUGCCGGUUCUUUAACCCCGCAACAGCAACAGCAGCAGCAACAGUACGGCAAUGCAUUUGGUGGUGAUGGAAUGAGUGGCCCGGGCGGUGGACCGAUCGCCAAGCAGCGAGCGGGUGCCGGCGGGUAUGGCACCGCGCAGGCCAACGGUCCCAUGUCGGAACUGUCGCCCGCCGCCCAAACCCUGAAACACAUGGCGGAACAGCACCAGCACAAGAACGCGCUCAACAUGGGCUUCCCGCGAGGUGGUCCGCAGGGCGGCGGCCCAGGCCAAGGUCAACAGCGCCCCCCGUACGGCGGCGAGUUCGGUCAGUUUGCGGGCAACGAGUUUAUGAACCCAGCCCUGGCCGGAUCCGGUGGCCCGGGAGGCAAUGCUGGUCCACUAGGGGGUCCAGCGGGUGCGGUGGGCCCAGGAGUAGGACCCGGCGCGGGUACGGGUGGCCCCGGUGGCCAGUUCCACAAGGGUGCCGUGCCACCGUUCCCGGGUGCCGACCUGAUCAAACAGGAACUCUUUGCAUCGCAACAGGAUUACGAUCUCAAACCCGCGCUCAACCGACUGCAACCGCCGAUGGGCCCGACCGGCGCCGGUGGACCGAAGAUGGGCCCGGUAGGGGGCUUCGUGAAGACGCCGAAUCCCCAACAGCAACAACAACAGCAAUCCUCGCAGCAACAGCAGCAGCAGCAAUACUCACCGUACGGUUCGCCUGGCGGCCUACCGAACCAUGGCGGAAGUCCUGGGCCAGGCUUUAUGCCUGGGGGUCGCAGCGGCGGCCCAGGUCCUGGAGCGAACCAGGGUCCGAACGGGGGCAUCGGUGGUGGUGCAGGCUCUGGUGGCGUUCCCGGUGGCGGUCCUGGUGGUGGCGGCGGUGGAGGUCCUGGUGGCGGCGGUGGGCCGAAUGCGACCGGCGGCCCUGCCGGUAACGGUGGACCCAAUGGCGGCGGUGGCGGCGGCGGUAUGCCUCCGCGGGGAGCUGGUGGAGGUGGCAAUGGGCCAAUGCCGGGCGGACCGAACUCGACGAUGCUGCAGAUGAAGCAAACGCAACAGUUGCACAUUAGUCAGCAGGGUCCGGGUGGUCAUGGCAUUCAGGUAAGCACGAAUUGCGAAACGACCAUUGCCCGUCAGUCGAAAAGGAACAACAAAACGGUGCAUACGGUUUCCGCUGGACAACAUGUACACCUAAGUGGAGACCUCAAAUCGGGCGUCUCAGUGGCGGCACAGCAAGGAGUGUUCUUCAGUCAACAGCAGCAAGCUGCUCAGCAGCAACAGCAACACCAGCAACAGUCCCAAAACCAGCAACAUCAGCAACACCAGCAGCAGCACGCACAACACCAACAGCAGCAGCACCAACAGCACCAGCAACAUCAACAGCACCAGCAGCAUCCGCAGCAUCAGCAGCACCAACAACACCAGCAACACCAGCAACAUCAGCAACAUCCACAGCACGCGCAACACCAGGGACAUCCGCAACACCAGCAACAGCAUCAACCGCAUCACCAGCAGCAUCAGCAGCAACAGGGCGGACCGAAGCAACAACAACAGUCGCAACUGAACGCGAAACAGGGUGGUGGUGGACCCGGCAUUCCGGUUGGUGGGAUGGGUGGUGGCGGCCCCGGUGGUGGCCAAACGACAAUCUCGAAUGGCCCCGGACACGGCGGUGGCCCGAACGGAGGAAGUGCAGCCGGUGGUCCAGGUUCGGGAGGUGGUGGUGCCGGCAGUGGCGGCGGUGGCGCCGGUGGCCACGGGCCGAACCAAAAUCAUCAACCAAAUCAAGUACCGAACUCACAAGGAUCAUCAAUUGUUAACGAGGCACAGUAUACGGUGUCCCAAUCGCAAACAAUCAACUUCACUCAGCAAACAUUGCGUGCCCGACAGCAGCAUCAAGUUAAUAGCGGCGUUAAUAUGCCCAACGGUGCGGGAACCGGUGGCCCACAGCAUCAGCAGCAGCAGAACCAGCAGCAGCAGCAACAGCAACAAGCGGCAGCAGCCGGUAUGGGAGGACCUACCCAAAACCAACCGCAGCAACAAGGUCCUACGAGUGGUCCACAAUCGCAAGGUCUUGGCGGUGGUCCCGGCCAGGGCACAGGCGUAGGCACCGGACCGGUCGGCGGUCCAGGAAUGGCCCCUUCCGGAGGCGCGGUUCCUCCGGGUAUGAUGGUCGGUGGCGGCGGCGGUGGGGGUCCCGGUGUUGGUAUGGGACCGAAUGCGUUGGGCCUAGCUGGCAUGGGAGGCCCGAACGCAGGCGGCAUCAGCGGGUUGAACUCGAUGGUAUCCAACACGCUGGCACCGGGUGCUGGUGGCGGUGUAAAUGGUGGUGUCGGAAGCGGUACCACCGGUGGCAUGAUGCACGGUGGUGCCAUGAGUGGCCCUGGUGGCCCGGGUGUGCCGAUGCGGCACGCGGAACAGAUGAAGUUCAUGCAGCAACAACAACAGCACGUGCAGCAGCAACAGGCCCAGCAACAGCAGCACAUGAUACGAGCGCAAGCGAUGCAACAGCAGAUGGUAGGCGCGAGGCCACCGCCACCCGACUACAAGGCAGCACAGCAAGCGAAUCCGGCCGCAGCGGCGGCAGCGGCCGCUAUGCUACAGCAGCAGCAACAGCAGCAAGCACAGCAGCAGCAGCAAAUGCUGCACGCCGGCGGCCGGUUCCCUGCGAUGCGGCGUAUCACCCAGCAACCGAUGCCACCGUCCGGGCCUAUGCUGCGGGCACAACAACAGGCUUACCUGCAACAACAGCAACAGCUCGCCAGCCACGGGGGAGGUCCCCGGGGCGUCGGAGGAGCGAUGGUUGGUGGGUUCGGAGGCGGUGCCGGUCCGGGAGGAAUCGUUCCCGGUGCUGCCGGUGGUGCCGUUGGCAAUGCUGGUGGCGGUGUGAUGGGAGGGCCGGUUCAACGGCCUCCGAACGUUCAGGUGGGACCGGAAGGGAUGCCAAUGGGAUCGCAACAAGCGGAAUGGCGCCAUAUGAUGGCCAUGCAGCAGCAACAGCAGGUUAGCUUCGGUGGCAACAGUGGUGCAGGCAUGCGACAAGGAUUCGGCGGUCCCGGAAAUGGCCCCGUUGGAGGUCCGAACGGUCCUGGGUCGCUGAGCAGGUUAGAUCCUACCGUUGUUCCCGGAAACGCAGGGCCCGGAGGAUCACAAAACGCCGGAGGCGCCACUGGUGGCAACAGCACAGGGCCAGGGAUGGGAGGUGCUGGCGGUGGUGGUCCCAAUGGGCCCACUAUGACGGCGAUGCAAAUGCAAAUGCUCCGGCAGCAGAACUUAGCAAUGUACCAAGGGCAAGCGAACAACGUUGGUGGCAACGGUGGAGGUCCUAUGAACCAAAUACAAAUGCUUCAGCAACACCAACUACACCAGCAGCAAAACAUGAUGAAUCAAAUGCAGAUGAGCCAAAUUCACAUGUCUCAAACGCAAACGAUGUCAAUCCAGCAGCAGCAGCAGCAGCAGCAACAACAAAACCAACAAUCUGUGAUGAAUACCUUUACAACGCAAACGACGCAACAGACCACCACAUCGACACUGAUUGCUGGCGGUGGUAACGGAGGUCCCAUCGGAGUCGGAGGCGGUGGUGGUUCCGGUGUCGGCGGUGGCCCAGGCAUAGGAUCCAAUGGGAACGCCAAUAUGCUUACCGGUCCCGGGUCUGGUGUAAGCACACCCGGCAACAAUGGCACCUCCGGUAACAAUAACGCCAACAACAACAACAGUAGCAGCAAUAACAAUUCAUCCGAGUUCCUAGCGUUCCUGGAGAACCUGCCGGUGGGCGAUCCGAAUCAGUUCAAUGCCCAAGAUCUGCUCAACUCGCUCGACAAUGAUAAUUUCAAUCUUCAAGACAUUCUGUAA